AUGAAAGAAAGGUUGCUGUGGUCAGCAAAACAAGGAAUAAACAUGAUUGUGGCAGAAGCUUGGAAAGCGAGCUAUCUUUAUUGGGUCUUGCCAGUUCUCAUCAUUAUCACAAUACUAGCCUUUUUGGGCUUAUUCGGAGCUCUGUUCGCUCUGCGUCUCUUCGCGCAGUACACGUGCGGGCAGUUCCGCAAACCUGUCAGAAUGGACGGGAAAACCGUGAUCGUCACUGGCUGCACCAGCGGAAUCGGGAAGGAGACCGCAAGAGAUCUUGCUAAUAGAGGAGCUAGAGUUAUCAUGGCUUGUAGAAAUGUGGAAGCUGCGACGAAAAUAAAAGAUGAUAUCAUCGACUCAACUAAAAACACGAAAGUAUUCGUCAAGAAAUUGGACCUCAGCUCUUUCGCUUCCAUCCGCGAAUUUGCCGAAGACAUCAACAAAACAGAAGAAAGGCUUGACGUUUUAAUUCAUAACGCAGGCUAUGCAGAAACUUUUAAAAAGAAUCGUUCUGUCGAUGAUAUUGAAAUGACAAUGGAAACUAAUCAUUAUGGGCCGUUUUUACUUACCCAUCUUCUCGUAGACUUGCUGAAGAAAAGCGCACCAGCCAGAGUUGUCGUAGUUGCAUCUUCCUUAUAUCGACUAGCUUCAGUAAACUUAGAGAAUCCAAACCCAGUUGAUUCUUUUCCUGCUUAUGUAUAUUACGCAUCCAAGGAGGCUAAUAUACUUUUUACUAAAGAAUUGGCGCGAAGAUUAGAAGGCACAGGUGUCACGGUAAACUGCCUACAUCCAGGAUUAAUCGAUACUGGUAUCUGGAAGUCCGUUCCGCCACCGCUGAGUUGGGGUCUUUUCUUGAUUAACAAAUGCUUCUUCAAGACCCCGCGUCAAGGAUGUCAAACGACCGUAAUGUUAGCUGCUGAUGAAAAAUUAGAAAAAGAAUCUGGAAAGUAUUAUUCUGAUUGCAGAGAGAGUUCAUUGUCGAGUGCAGCUAGUGAUAUGAUUAGGGCCAAGAAACUUUGGGAGAUUUCGGAACGGUUGGUCAAGUUGGACGAGAAUGACCCCAGAAUUUAA